UCCUUUAUUUUAUUCAUAACACCAUUCAGACACUAUAUAUAAGCUGCUCCAUAUAUGCAUAUAUAAAUAAUGGCAAGUCAAAAUGGUGGGAUACCGGAAAAUGUACCAGAAUUGGGACCAGCUGCACCCAGGGAAAGUUUAAUUAGCACUGCUGUGAAGUUUCUUCAAAAUCCACAAACACAAUCCAGUCCGUUGGAUCAGAAAAAAAAGUUCCUAGUAAGCAAAGGUUUGACUGAGAAUGAGAUAGAAAUUGCAGUUUCACGUUCAAAUAUAUCAAGCCAACCCAUCCCAAUCACUCAACUCACUCAAGUUAAUGCUGUUCCUCCAAAGCCAGUUUCAGCAUGGAAGAACAUUCAAGCAUAUUCUUCAAUGGCAAUCGUAAUUGGGGGUUUUGUCUAUGCGUUCUUCACAAUAUAUAAGAAAUACAUUGAACCUUUGUUUAUGAAACAUCGUGGAGAGCAAAGAGAUCAGAUGGUUGAGUUGGAGAUGGGGGUGAAGGAGUUAAAUACUGAAGUAACAAGGAAUUUAAAAUCAUUGGAAGGAGUGAUUGCUGAGAUAAGAGAUGAAGUAAAAGAACAUGCUCAAGUUAUGCAGAGAGUGUCCACACAACUUACUGUGAUGAAGAAUGAGAAUGGUAACAAUGGAAACGACGCAACAAUCCGUGAUUUGCAAGCCCAGAUUUCCUCACUCAAGGGUCUUCUAUUAAACACGAAACAAUUCCCAGCGGCUCCUGUAAUACCAAGUUGGCAGAUCCCAAGUAACAGCAAACCACAGCAAGAUGUCAGGUCGCAUGUUGAGAAUGGUUUAAUGAGUGGACAACCAUCUAAUGGCCGUGUUGAUGAACUUGAAUCACAUGAAACAAAUCAUGUGAACGAUGAGGAAUCAUCUCUUGAAUUAAACCAAUCACGAACUGUGGACCACAAACCUGAUGAUGUGAACUUGCAAGUUGAUGGAAUAUCUCAUACUUCACUUUACAAUAAUUACAAGACACCAAACUCCAGUAUAUCGAGCGAAAUGGCACAAGAUAAAGAAUCGGAACUUGAUUAAUAUCUUAUGCUUUAAUCAUGGGCUUUCAUUAUGCAAUUGUUUUAAUUUUUUUAAUUAUUGUAAGUAUUUCUAUUCAGUAAUUUGAAAUGCCUUUUGUUUAUUGCAAAAACAAGUUGUAAAUUAGUUGCUGAAUACUUUGUUUUUGAGUAUGUAAAAUACAAAUAUAUGGAAACAAUCAAUUAA